AAGUAGUCUAUAUUUUACUUGUCUCAUUGACUGAAAUAGUCUAUGACUUCAGCAAGUCUUAUUGAUAAUACAUGAAAAUGUAUUACACAGAUAGUUUAUUGUGUAGUCGUGGUAUAGAUGAGACCUCGUUAUUUGAUGUUGAACUUCUACUAUCUAUCUCCGUCGAAUGACCUUAGUGACUUUUCAAUUCUUAAAUUGGUAGGCAACAAAAUAUAAAGCUUUGAUACGAGUUGAACGCUAAGUUCCUUUUCCUUCGUUUACUUUCCAAGGUUUUCAAAGAAUUCAUAGAAAUGACUACUGAUAACAAGAGCUGGGAUGAUAUGUUGAAAAUUGCCAAAAUACAACAACAAGAAUAUUAUGAACUUUUAUCACAGUGGACAAUAUAUAAUGAGGACGAAUACAAAUAUUUGAAACAAAAUAUUGGAUUUUCAAUUUUUGGUCCUCCAACAGAAUCUAAUACCUCUAUUUCAACUUCUUUAUCUACUAAUGUUACUGAUUCAUUACAUUACACAAAUAAAGCACAAAAAGUAAUAGAUCGAAUAUUUAAACAAAUACAAAAAUUUGGUGAAAUGAACUAUAAAAGUGCAUCUCCUCGAAACAAAAAAUGUAUUUGUUAUGGUGUUAUUUUCAAUGUAACACUUCCUAUAAAAAGCAGUUCGCUAAAAGAAUCAGAAAUAUAUGCACAACCUAUAUCCAUUUUUAAAAUAAUAACAAGAACGGAUACAGUAUUGUAUAUUGAUAUACAUGGCAGGGUAUAUAAAAGUUGGGAGAAUUAUAAAACAAAUAAUACCUUACCAAAAUGUACAAUGGUUCUUCCAAUGAAUGGAUUUUAUCAAUUUGAUAAAAGUUAUGAAAUUACUGAAGAAUAUUCGAUAGUGUGGUUAGAAAUUGUUAAUUCUCCUGCAUGUAAAGUAGCUAGAAAGGUUAUUGAAGGUGUUGAUAUAGCAGCAACUGUAGUUGGGGUUGCUGGAAUGGGAGUAGGUCUUUUAUCUAUGGUAACACCUGUCGGACCUUUAGUAUUAGGAGCUGCUGCAGUUUCUGGUAUAGGUACUGGAGCAUGGGGUAUUGGUCGAUCAACACAGAACUUGGUAGAUCGAAGCAAACAUGAACAAAGUAUUAGUCUCAGAGAUAGAGAAGCACUCUGCUCAUGGUUAACUAUAACAGGUAGUGCAGUUGGUUUAGCAGCAACCGGGGGAAGUGUUCUCCUUGUAAAAGCUGUUAAAAAUGGCAGGAACAUUAGUACAGCUGCUAAAUUAGCAUUCAAUUCAUUAGUCGUUGGAAAUGUCAGUCUGAAUGGUGUUGGUAUAGCAUUUCAGGGGUAUUGUAUGUAUAAAAGAUAUCAGGAAGAACAAGUAGUUAGAUCUAUGGAUGUAUUGAACCUAGUUACUCAUGUUUUGUUUUUUGGCAAUGCUGUCAUGAAUAUGCAAUUGGCAGGAAACCUUAUUGAAACCACUCAAGGAAAAAUUUUAGACAAUUAUAGAAAUAGUUUACGUACCAAACGUCUUCGUAAAUCAUUUAAUCGGGCCAAACGUGCCGCUGCUGCAAAUAAUGCAGAAAAGAUCCAAGAAAACGCUGAAGUCAUACGGUAUAUUAAUGCAAAGAAUGACAUGCUAUUUAAACAAAACAAUGUCCCUAUCAAUAGCGUAGUAACGUUUGAAGGCGGGAAAAUAAAACUUUAUGGUAAUGCAUUAUUAGAUCCUAUAAAAUUCUUAUUUAUGUUACUGCGGGAAGAUCGGAUUGACAAAGAAAAUUAUGAAAGUAAUAAUUCUUCAGAUACGGAAAGAGAUAACCCUAUGAUUUCUAAUUUAAAAGAACUAUUAUUAGAUUUACUGUACGAAUACAACACAGUUAAUGAUGAACAUUUUACAUCCAAUUUCAAUUCUUAUGAGUACGAUCGAAUUAUUGAUGAUAUGAAAAAUAUGGAAAAUGCAUCAGAAACUUUGCUUUUAAUAUUUAAAUUAGGUAUGCUUUUAAUUAAGCAAUCUCGCUCUGCCCCUGAAGUUUUGGGAAUAGCAAUUUAUUUUCUUUGGCGGUAUAUCAGAAAAAAUUUGGAACAGCGUUGUAUGAAUGCAGCUUCUUCGAUUGAAGAUCCGUUGAUUCAGGAUAUAUUAAUUAAAUUUGUAAUGUGUAUGUUCGAACACGGAGAUACAAUAAUACAAUUAUUGAUACCCGCUUUUAAAACAUAUGUAUCUAAUAUUAGCGAAACAUAAAUAUCAAGAAUUGAUAAUGUUACGUUGUCAAUUACUGAUAUGAUGCCUGAUCAUAUUAAUGUAAUUUUAAAUUAUUGUUGUAUUUCUGCUUAUUUACAUGAAAUAGUAUUGAGAAAGGAACAUAACAAAUUGAAUGAUAGUUUCGUUAAAGAAUGGUCAUAUUAUGUGUCAAUAAUUUCAUUAGUGAAAUGAACGAUUUUGAUAAUCCGCUCUUGUAAUUUACUAUUUCCAAAUUUUAUUUACGUAUAGUAUGCCCUAUUAUCAAUAUUGAGUAAUAUAAUGCAAUUUCAGUUUGGGGUAUUUGGUAAAUGAUCGUCUUUGCUUACAAGUCUUACCACACCAAGAAUUGAUAGUGAACACGUUAUGUUUGAAAAAUACGUACAUGGAUUUGACAAGUGUUCAUAAAGGAAGCAUUCAUAAUUUACGUAUCGACUGUUAAUUUUAAAAGGUGUACGUAUUCUUCCAAUGUUUCAGAACAAUGCACACAUACGAUGCGUAAUCGUAGCGCAUGUUACAUAUCUGUGUAUGCGUUAGAAAGAAAUUUUAUAGUUAAAAUGAUGAUAUUUAUAUUGUAAUAUAAGAUGAUAUUAAUCUCAUUUCGUAUGAAUAUAGUAUGUCAUUUUUAAAAAUUAGUAAUUUUAUAAAGUACGACUUCAAGUGCGAUCACAGUAAUCUUAAUCACAAUGUUGCCUUCUUGAAGAUUUAUAUACGUAUAUUGUAUUAUAUAUUAUAUAUAUGGAAUAGUAUUUUUCUCACUGUAUGCAAUGAUUAUACACUCUUGUAAAAAUGCACAUUUUGAAUACAGCUUUACAAAAGCAAAUGGUAAACAAUAAUGUAUUUUUUCUGUUUAAAGUUUUAUCAACCUAAAGAUAAAAUACAGGUAUACUUUAUCAAUAUUUUUCUGCGAUUGGUUACUACGUUUUCAUGUGUGCACCCGACGAAUAUUUUUAAAGUGCGUAAUAUUUGUUGCAUAAAUUCAGAAAUUAAAUGUUAAAAUAUUGUUCAGCAUGGGCUGAUAUAGUACCCUGAUUAAUUCACAACUUUUGUUAUAUUUUUGGACGUUUUUCUUUUAAUCCUUAUAUGUACAACCAAUGUAAUCACGUUGUUUCCCACCGGAUAAUUUAGUACCCUAAGCGCUCGAUUCAAGCAGAUUUUAUAUAAAACGAUAAAAUCAUGCUCAGAUUUUUGAAAAAUAUAUUAGAUUUUAUUGCUAUUAUUACAAACAAAGUAAUAUUUUAUGAAUGUAAAUACAAAACGGUGAUGUAUGACUAAAAAAUGAUCUAAUGUUAAAGUCUAUAGUUGAAGCUUGCUGCGUAUGUUCAUACAUUAAUUUCAUUAUAAGAAUGGAGGAACGAAGAAGAAAUAAAUUCAUGAUAUUCCGUUUUUGUCGACUUUUCAAUCCUUAAUGACUACUCUAACACUAUCCAUCCGUUAGUUACAAAGUCAAUAUCGAAAUUCUGCAGGUUUGCGUUACGUAUCGUAGAAGUUUCAGAGAAACCCCAUCUCUGAGAUCAAUUAUCUCCAAGAACAUUUGUUUUUGAAUGGAAUUAUUGUCAAAAUAUUUUAUAAUUAUACGCAUAUUAUUACGUUUAAAAAUAGAAGAAUUCCACCAUUUUGUCAACCGUAAACGAGAAUCUUGUAAAAAACAC